CCCUUUUGUUUUUCACUCUCACACAAAAACACACACCCAUCUGAGACAGCCUCAAACGGAGAGUGCCUGAAAAUGGUGCAGCGGCUCACCUAUCGUAAGCGCCACAGCUACGCCACCAAGUCCAACCAGCACCGGGUCGUCAAGACCCCUGGUGGGAAGUUGGUGUAUCAGACCACUAAGAAGAGGGCAAGUGGACCCAAGUGCCCUGUCACUGGCAAGAGAAUCCAAGGGAUUCCUCACUUGAGACCUGCUGAAUACAAAAGGUCUAGAUUGCCUAGAAACCGAAGGACUGUGAAUCGGGCAUAUGGUGGUGUGCUGUCUGGAGGUGCUGUUAGGGAGAGGAUAAUCCGAGCCUUCUUGGUUGAAGAGCAAAAGAUUGUGAAAAAGGUUUUGAAGAUUCAAAAGGCGAAGGAAAAGAUAGCCUCAAAGAGUUAAAAAUGAGUGGAUAAAGCAAUAGUUACUUGAGUUAUGAAAUAUGCUUUUGAGAGUCUAGAGAAAUUUUGAAUUAGGUUGGCGUUGAUGAAAUGUUAAACGAUAUUUGAAUGGUUUUUAAUUUUUGUUUGUUUGCUACCUGACUACUUAUUUGUUUACUCUGAUGACAAAUUAUUUACCUGGUUCUUCUUUUAUGAUAAUAUUUGCAUCGAUGGCAUUGCCUUGGAAUUU